AUGGCUCCAAUUCGUCGCGUAGCCGUCGCGCAGUGGUAUAUCGAGGACCUAGCCAUCGACGAGAACCACGCGAAAGCAUGCCAUUACAUCCGCGAAGCAGCGGCGCAAGGCGCUGAACUUGUCGUCUUACCGGAAUACCACCUAAACGGCUUCACCCCGUCUAAUCUCCUCUAUAUACAUCAAACAACAAUCUACACAUCCUACGUCCAAACCUACCAAUCCCUCGCCCGCGAGCUCUCCAUAUCUCUCGUCCCCGGCACAAUCGUCGAAAACCACUCCCCAACCCCUUCUGACAAAAACGAGAAACCUCUCCUCUACAACACCGCCUACUUCAUCGCUCCCACCGGUGAAAUCCUAGGCUCUUACCGGAAGAAGAAUAUCUGGCACCCGGAGCGUGAGUAUUUGACGUCGUCGGGAGAGGAACCGCACGAGGUGAUUGAGACGCCCGUCGGGAAGGUCGGGUUGUUGAUUUGUUGGGAUGUGGCGUUUCCGGAGGCAUUUAGGGAGUUGAUUGCGAAGGGGGCAGAGAUUAUUAUUAUUCCGACUUUUUGGAGUCGGUAUGAUGCGUCGUCCGAGGCAUUGCAAUACAACCGUUCGUCUGAAGAGCUAUUCCUCGAGUCGACGCUUACGGCGCGGACUUUUGAGAAUACCUGCGGGGUUAUCUUUGCUAAUGUUGCUGGGGGCCCAGGGGAUCGGUAUUUCGGGUUGUCGAGGGUUGUGUUGCCGGUUGUCGGUGUUGUUGCGGAUAUGGGAAAUAAGGAAGGGGUGAGGGUUGUGGAUAUGGAUAUGGGGCUGGUGAGGAUUGCAGAGGAGAAUUAUAAGGUUAGAGAGGAUAUCAAGAAGGAGGGGUGGCAUUACUCUUAUAGACAUAGUGCUGCAUGA